GCCCAGCGGGGCGCGGGCGUGGCUCCGCGCGGAGCGCGCUGGGAGCUGUAGUUCCCUCGCGGGCGGUCCCGCGCACAGCCGCCAUGCCGGAGGGGACGGGAGCGCUCCGGGAGGUUCUGCCCAAGCAAGGGCAGCUGUCGGUGGAGGACGCGGCCACCAUGGUGCUGUGCAAGCCCAAGAUCCUGCCGCUCAAGUCGGUGUCGCUGGAGAAGCUGGAGAAGCUGCAGCGGGCGGCGCUGGAGGCCGCGCAGCCGCCCGAGGGGGCCCCGCCGCCGUCCGCGGGGGCCGCGCCGGGCCGGCCGUAGCCCCGGGCGGGGGGCGCAGAGCCAGGCCGCGCCUGGGGGGGCCGCUCCCGCGAUAGAGGUAGCGCUUUGUAACGGGGCCUGCGGAUUAAAGUCUGGCCUGGAACGCGGGAGGUGGUGCUGUGCUGGGGGAGGCCGCGCGUCGGGUGCUUUUCGUGCAGAAGUUCCGCUGGUCGGUUCCAAGGCGAGGUUUUAAACGCGGCUUUAGAGGUACCACAACCCCCCCGCAGGAGCGGCUCUGGGACGGCCCCGGCCUAGCGCGGGAGGAGCCGAGUUACACAACCUCACUGCUCUGAGCGGGGUUUACCAGACCCGCUGAAGCAGGGCAUCCCUUGUCCCCUGCAGCACAUCGUGUUCCCGGGCUUGGAACAGCUACUCCCAGAACUUUUGAACACCUCAGAUCUUGACAUGAAAAUUGAAAAAACACAGGAGAGGCUCCACUCUGUUCCGGUACACGAGUCUUCCUUAGAUCCAUCUUGUUGUUGAGCAAGGGCUUGGCAAAGCUGUGCUGUACAGACACGUUCACACCAUCUGUGCCAGCCUGGACGCUCCUACGCCAGGCACUGGUGUUUUCAAAAACAGAUCUGGUAAAUACUUACCAUGAGUUUAAUUACUCAGUGCUCUCAUGCUGAUUGCAAUACCAAAGGGUGGUGUUAGAUGUACUGCUGAAUU